UGACAUUUUUGUCUCUCGGCUAUCUCGCGUGGCACAGCCUUUCCAGCAGUUGUGUCAGCUGUUUCCUUGUUUUGAAGAGCGAAACAAAUACUUCAACUUAGAUUAAAAAUGAUUAUGUUUUUGUGCGAAUUUUUCUGUGUCACGGUUCAUUAUGCAUUAGUUUCGUUUGAUUAUGGCUUUGCUCACAUGUUAUUAAAUGCAUAUGAAGGUUUUAUUAUGUUUUGAAUAAAUAUAAGUGAUGUUUUGUUUUCGUUCCUAUGUUUUUAAAGUGGGGAACUAUUGUGAUGUAAAAGCUAAGCUGUCCAAGAAAGAAACAAAAAAUGUUAAGGAAUGACUGACAUAAAUAUUAAAAUAACAAUCCAGGCAGCUAUGAAAACUAUCUUGAACUUUAUGACAAAUUCUUUAAAAUUCUAGCAAUAUAAAAUCUAUUUUUAGUAAUAUAAAAUCAAAUAAAAUGGCUGAAGUUGAUCCAGAAACUUUGUUAGAAUGGUUAAACAUGGGGCAGGGAGAUGAAAGAGACAUGCAAUUGAUAGCUUUAGAACAAUUAUGCAUGCUGUUAUUAAUGUCCGAUAAUGUUGAUAGAUGUUUUGAAAGUUGUCCUCCUCGAACAUUCCUUCCUGCCCUGUGUAGGAUAUUUUUAGAUGAAUGUGCUCCAGAUAAUGUAUUAGAAGUAACUGCUCGAGCAAUCACUUAUUAUUUGGAUGUAUCAGCAGAAUGUACUCGUCGUAUUGUAGCUGUUGAUGGAGCAAUAAAAGCUAUCUGUAAUCGUUUAGUUGUGGCUGAUGUAUCAUCUAGAGCAUCCAAAGAUUUAGCUGAACAAUGUAUUAAGGUUCUUGAAUUAAUAUGUACCAGGGAAGCAGGAGCUGUUUUUGAUGCUGCUGGUUUAAACUGUGUUUUAUCAUUCAUCCGAGAUAUUGGUUCCUUAGUUCAUAAAGAUACAUUGCAUUCUGCAAUGGCAGUUGUAUCACGGCUUUGUGGUAAAAUGGAGCCCCAUGAUACCAGCCUUGCAAAUUGCGUUGAAGCUCUCUCUAUACUUUUAAAGCAUGAUGACAGUUUGGUUUCAGAUGGAGCAUUACGAUGUUUUGCUUCUUUAGCAGAUCGUUUUACCCGAAGGGGCAUUGAUCCUGCUCCUUUAGCUCAACAUGGACUGGUAAACAGGCUAUUAGUAAAAUUAAAUAGUGUUACAUCUUGUGGAUCGGUUACGAAUUCUUCAACAUCUCCUGGCUCACCUGAAGUUAAAACAUCUUCAAGUGUAUCUACAACAAUUAGUUUACUUUCAACCUUAUUCCGAGGAUCACCUAGCAUUACUUAUGAUUUGCAUCGAUCUGAUCUUCCUUCUGCCAUUGAAUCUGCUGUUCAGGGUGAUGAAAGAUGUGUGUUGGAUACUAUGCGUCUUGUCGAUCUUCUUUUAGUUCUGUUAUUUGAAGGCAGAAAAGCACUUCCUAAAUCUUCUCAAGGAAGUGGACCACCUGCUAGAGUUCCUAGUCUUCGUCGUGUUGAUACAGCUGGGGAAAGAACUCAUCGCCAAUUAAUAGACUGUAUUCGUAGUAAAGAUACUGAUGCUUUAAUUGAUGCGAUUGAUUCUGGCGGUAUUGAAGUAAACUUCAUGGAUGAUGUCGGACAAACUUUAUUAAAUUGGGCAUCUGCUUUUGGCACUCAAGAAAUGGUAGAGUUCUUAUGUGAACGUGGUGCAGAUGUUAAUAAAGGUCAAAGAUCAUCAUCUUUACACUAUGCUGCUUGUUUUGGCCGUCCUGGAGUAGCCAAAGUUUUAUUGAGGCAUGGAGCGAAUCCUGACUUGAGAGAUGAAGAUGGUAAAACACCUUUAGAUAAAGCAAGGGAGAGAAAUGAUGAAGGUCAUAGAGAAGUGGCUGCAAUUCUACAGUCUCCUGGUGAAUGGAUGUGUCCUGUGUCUGAACAUACAAAAUUAGGGGAAAGGAAACCAUUAGAGCAUGAGCAUGAUACUGAACCUAAAGGGGAUCCUGAAAUGGCUCCACUUUAUCUUCAGCAACUUUUACCAGUUUUUUGUAAAUUGUAUCAGCGUUCUAUGGUGCGGUCGGUUAGGAAAGCAAGUUUAAAUCUUAUACGUAAAAUGAUUCAUUAUGCUAAUGCUUCCUUGUUAAUGGAAUUUUCAAAUAGUGAUGUUGGAACUAAGAAUUUUGCUACACUAUUAACUGAGGUUAUAUCAAGUGUACUUGAUAGCGAAGAAGAGGAAGAUGUACUACUACAAACAUUAAAUAUAAUUCAUGAUUUGAUGGUAAAAGGAAAAGAAAUUUAUUUAGAUCAUUUUGCACGACUUGGAGUGUUUACAAAAGUUUUAGCACUUGCAGGGCUGAAUGAUAGUGAUGAUGAAAACAAAAAGAUAAAAGAUGAUGGAGAUGAAGAUUUUUUAAUGGAAGAUACUAAAGAAAUUCUUCCUGGUAAGCCAUACCAUUGGCGAGAUUGGAGUAUAGUACGUGGUCGGGACUGUUUGUACUUGUGGAGUGAUGCUGCUGCAUUAGAACUAUCAAAUGGCAGUAAUGGAUGGUUUCGUUUCAUACUUGAUGGUAAAUUAGCCACAAUGUAUUCUAGUGGUAGUCCUGAAACUGGAUCUGAUAGUUCAGAAAAUCGAGGUGAGUUUCUAGAAAAGUUGCAACGUGCUAGAAGUCAGAUUAAAACGGGAUCUCCAAGUCAGCCUAUUCUUUCUGCUCCUGGUGCUGCUCGCUUAGUUGUUGGAAAUUGGUCUUUGUUUUGCAAACGUGAUGGAGAAAUAAGCAUACACAAUUCUGAUGGCCAGCAGCAAGCUACUGUGCUGAAGGAAGAUUUACCAGGCUUCAUUUUCGAGUCAAAUCGUGGUACUAAGCAUUCUUUUACUGCUGAAACAUCCUUAGGACCAGAAUUUGCUGCUGGAUGGGCUGGAAAGAAAGGGAAGCGCCUGAAAUCCAAACUUGAAGCCCUUAAGCAAAAGGUAAAAAACCAAGCUAGGGAGCUCUAUGACGUUUAUUUUAAAUCUGCCCAAGCUCAUCCAAGAGGAAUGGUAGCAAAAUUAUGUAAUAUUGUUGGCCAAAUUGAAAGGGCAUGUACUAAACAAAUGUCCAACUCUAAUUCUAAUAUGCUUGCUGCCAAUGAUUGGAAAGUCAUUUUGAUGGCUGCUCUUAAUGAUAUGACUUCAUUGUUGCAUGAUGAAAGAGCUGUAUCUGCAUAUGAAUUAUAUAGUAGCGGUGUAGUUCAAGCUUUAUUAAAACUCCUUGGCAAAAAUAAAUAUGAAGAUAGUGGAAUAAUCCUGUGCCAGUUAAAUAAACUCCAAAAAGAUAGAGUGGCAAUAUUUAAGAAAUGUUUUGCAGAAGAUUCUGAUUUAGUUCAGGAUGUAUCACCAUCAAUUGCGCUUGUAAGAAAAUUAGUAGCAGUCUUAGAAUCUAUAGAAAAAUUACCUGUUCUUCUUUAUGAUACAAAUGGUGGAGGAAAUGGUCUCCAGAUUUUAACUCGAAGACUUAGAUUUAGACUUGAAAGGGCUCCAGGGGAAACUGCUUUAAUAGACAGAACUGGUAGAGGUCUGAAAAUGGAACCUUUAACAACUGUUGGACAGUUAGAAAGGCAUUUAGUAAAAAUGGUUGCAAAACAAUGGUAUGAUUAUGACAGAUCAACCUUUGCCUUUGUAAAAAAAUUGAAAGAACCAGAUGUCCAUAUCACUUUUAAUCAUCAAAAAGAUUUUGAUGACAAUGGAGUUAUUUAUUGGAUUGGUACAAAUGGCAGAACUGUUUCAGAGUGGGUUAAUCCAGCUCAAGUAGGUCUUGUAAUGGUAACAGCAUCAGAGGGCAGAAACUUGCCUUAUGGUAGACUUGAAGAUAUACUCAGCAGGGAGACUUCUGCUUUAAAUUGUCAUACCAAUGAUGAUAAAAGAGCUUGGUUUGCUAUAGAUUUAGGGCUUUGGUUAAUUCCUAAUCGCUAUACACUACGUCAUGCUAGAGGCUAUGGCAGGUCUGCUCUUCGAAAUUGGCUCUUUCAAGUUUCAAAAGAUGGUAUAAAUUGGUUAACUUUAUUUACUCAUGUUGAUGAUUGUGCUUUGAAUGAACCAGGCUCUACUGCAUCAUGGCCUCUAGAUCCACCUUCAAAUGAGGUUCAAGGUUGGCGUCACAUCAGGCUUCAACAGACCGGAAAAAAUGCUAGUGGGCAAACACAUUAUUUAUCAUUGUCUGGUUUUGAAAUUUAUGGCAUGGUUACUGGAGUUUGUGAUGAUUUAGGUAAAGCUGCCAAAGAAGCUGAAGCAAAUUUGCGUCGUCAAAGAAGGGCUGUUAAACAGCAGAUUAAGUUUAUGUUACUUGGUGCAAGAAUUGUCAGAGGUCCUGAUUGGAAGUGGCGUGAUCAAGAUGGCAAUCCUCCUGGUGAAGGUACAAUAUCUGGAGAGUUGCACAAUGGUUGGAUUGAUGUUGCAUGGGAUCAAGGUGGAGCUAAUUCUUAUCGAAUGGGAGCAGAAGGAAAAUAUGAUUUAAAACUUGCUCCAGGAUUUGAUGGAGAAGCCCACUUAGCCUCAAUUACAUCAACUUCUUCAUUAUUAAAUUUAAAACAACAAGGUAAAUCAGUUACAUCUGCCAUUGGAACAACUUUGACCUCUGCUGGAAUGAAGACAGCUAGGACUAUUACUACAGACUCUUCAUCAGCUAAAGGAAGUGUAUCCAGCAGCUCAUUUGGAUCAUGUGAAACUACACCUGGCAUUGUGUCUGCAUCACAACUCAAUGAGCAAGCUUCUUCUUCGGAGCACUUAUCAGUAAAACAAGCUGCUGAAAUGUUGGCUGAAAAUGUACUUACAAGUGCCAGUGCAGAAGCUGCUGUUGCAAAUGUCGAAUGUUCAGAUUCAGAAAAUAAUGCUACUCCUAUGAUUCAAUCUUGUAAAGCAUUAUUAAUGCGCAAUGAAUUUUGCUCUGUUUCAAUGGGCCUUUCACCUACACGAGAGGAGGAAUCUUUUAAUAUUCAAGAUUCUAUUGAAAGUCUUCAUCUGUCUGAAACUUUGCAAGUCCAUUCUCAAGGAGAUAAAGUUUCUGUUGUGGACAAUCAACAUCAGAAUUCUCGUGAUAAUUCUUGCGCUAGUAAUGCAAUGAGUGUAAGCGCUCCCAAUUUAUCAAACAAUGAUUCAACAGUAAGUUUCUUAGAGACCUUUGCUGCUGUUGCUCGAAGGCGAGCUAAUGGCAACACUUUGAAUUCUAGUGCUUCUAAUUCAUUGUUUAAUCGAGGAUCUAAUAAUGUUGGAAGCCUAGUUCGCCUUGCUCUAUCAUCUAAUUUUUCAGAAAUACUUGCUGAUCUUUUGGGCGGAAUGCCUGUUAUUGAAACUCCAUCAGAAAGUACUACCAUUGUCAAUCUUUCUACCUCAGGGGGUCCUCUAACGACUGCUCAAAGUUAUCCUAGUCUAACAACAACUACAACAUCUGUAUUAUCUGGGAGUCAGUCUGUCAGCGGUGCUGCAUCUGCUGGUUCAUUUGGUCAAUCUCUUACUGUUAGUUUAACUUCCACAUCAAGUGAAAGUGAACAAGAUUUUCUUGAUAGUUGCAGAGCAACAACUCUUUUAGUUGAUUUGGAUGAUGAUGAGGAAUUGCCUGAUCCAGAAGAUGAUGAAAAUGAAGAUGAUGAUGAAAAUGAAGAUGAUAAUGGAUUCGAAGAUAUCACA